AUGGCAGCUUGUAAGUGGAUUGACGUGCAGUUUAGUGGACGAGAGGAAUUCCGUCCUACUCUUGUUGAACACCGCACAGCCUAUUCAGUCUUUGACUGUCAAGCGUUUCAACCCAGGGUUGUCCUUUCGAUUGGAGGAAUAGAGAAGAGACGUUUUUACCGGCGAAUCAAUCUCAACGACGCGGUCGAUGGAAAUCCAGGCGUUCUUUUACGACCAGUGCAGCUCGCUACACUGAUUUUGGACUGUGAACUGCACAAUCACAAUCGCCUUGAUGUUGUACAACAGUAUCUUUCACGUGGAGAAGAGGUUAUGCACUCUCUCCAAGCCAAUCUAUAUCGCCACGGCCCGUCACACAAAAUUGCCCAGUAUGCCUUUGAUAUGUAUUGGCAACUUUUAUAUCCUUUUGCUUCGACCGUGCUGCUGUUCAUUGAUGACCUGGGCGGUGUCGGCCCGGUAAUCGAGAUUUUGGCGUUAUGGGCACGGCGUGCAAGAUUAUCAAGUAUUGCAGCGCCACCCAGAAUCCUCGUCUUGUACCAUUGGCGCAACCGAACGGAGAUGGAUUCAUUUGAGAGUCGCCUACGGUCGAGGAUCAUGUGUACCGUCUCAGGGACCCAAGCCUAUUCUCGAACUGGGAUAACGUCCCCCAUAUACUUACAAGGCGAAAUGGCUUUUGAGAGUGUGCAGUUGAUACCGACAUGGAAAGCUGCCUCGGAAUUUCCAUCUCAGACAGAAGAGUCGUUUGCGGCUCGGGAUGCGGCAGGGUACGGGUUUAGCAGUGACCAUCUCAAGCGCCUCCUGCAAACUGCCAUCCUACAGUACAGCCAAUCCAGCGGGCAACAGAUCGAUUUUGUACAGGCAGUACGCGUUUGCAAUCCGCCACCCACUCAGUUGACGGAGAAGUUGAUCCAGUUCCUUUCAACUACAAAAGAUGCCGAGAUGGAUCAUGUGGCUGUAAUCGCAUCGGCUCUCGACCUCGAUGCACAUCCCCCUGGCAUGCACUUUUUUGCACCACAGACGACCUUUGGGAAAACCUACCGAGCUGCAGUUUCUCAAGCAGAGAGCCUGUUAAACAAAGACGGAUUAUCAGAUCAAGUCUGCAAGAAGUUCACCCAGUUCUCACUAGAAAGGCAAGGAGUCUCUUCAGCUCAUGCUCAUCUGCGCCUACUCAGAAAAUACCAAGCUACUUGGUGCGACUAUGUCGAAGGUAAUCUUUGUUUCGUUUGUCUCGUUAGACCACCGUCGACAACACUUGACUGCCACCACCGGCUCUGUGAUGCUUGCGUGAUGAUAUACGGUAGUCGUACGUCGCCCGAUUCACCAAGCUUUCAAGUAUUGAGCUGUCCUUUAUGCGGAAAGCACCAUAGAAGGCAAAUAUUUCUUCAGCCGCCGACGAGUGGAAACCGCGUUCUUGAGCUUGGGGGAGCGUCUAAGUAUAAAUGGGAAAUGCUCAAAUUCCUCAAAGAGGUGCAAUCCGCUAUUGGGUUACCUGUGCCAUUACAGGAACAUUUCGACCUCGUCAUUGGUUCUGGAAUCGACUAUUUUCUUGGAAGGGUGGGACUUAUCUGA